AUUACUAGACAUCAAAGGCCUUUCCAAGAUAUUUUUAUUGACAUUUUGAAAAGUGUUCAUAUUUGAAUUAUUUUCAAGUGGGAUUUUUUUUGUUUUGGGAUUUAUCUGCUAUAGUGCCUUGUCCACCCAGAUAACUGGCACUCGAACCCCUCAUAACGCGAUUAUCACCCACAUUGAGAAAAAAGUUUACCAGUAACAGGAAACGACUCCCAAGGGAAUACUGAGAGAUUUGAAUUUUAUUGGUUGAUAACCAACGAACAAUUUAACAGAACUUUUUCAGUAGUCUAGCCGUUAAUAGAAACCACGGCUUUCUCCACAGACCAGCUCAGACUGUCAUAAAAAGUAUUUGAGCCAUUAUUAAUUAGGUUAAUCUAUUAUUUUUUUUUUGUGGGAAAGGAUAUUUGAAAAUGAGCUAUACUAAUCAAUACUACCCACCUCAAAAAAUGCAAAAUCAACCGUCACAAGCCAUCACGGUGCAUAGCACGACCCCUGGCCAGAAUAGAAGAGGACCCUGGUCGCCAGAAGAAGACCGCAAACUCAUGGAAUUAAUCUCAAUAUUCGGUCCUUCCAACUGGGUAAGAAUCUCCAACACUUUGAAUACUAGAACUCCAAAGCAAUGUAGAGAAAGAUACCACCAGAACUUGAAGCCGUCCUUGAAUAGAACGCCGAUCACUAACGAGGAGGGAGAGAUGAUUGAGAAGUUGGUGGCCAAAUACGGGAAGAAAUGGGCGGAGAUUGCAAGACAUUUGAAUGGUAGAUCCGAUAAUGCCAUCAAGAAUUGGUGGAAUGGUGGAGCCAACCGAAGAAGAAGAGCCAGUACCCAAGUGGGGAUCAAGCUGGAUGACGAAGACCAACAAUCUAUCCAUUCGUCAACUUCUACCAAUGCAACAGCAAACACCAUUGACACUGGGAGCACCACCACCAGUUCAAAUAAUAGUCUUAUAGAAAAGAAAAACAAUCAUGCCUUACCGCCACCUCCACAAUCGACUUCGUCGUCCGCCUCCUCCUCACAACACUCCACCACGACUCCAUCGAUAUAUCCCCAAGUGCAACAACUCCCACAGAUAUCAUUCAAUACGUCAAUGUUUGGCUCGGCCCCGGAAAUCAAUAAAGUUGAUGGCACUAAUACUCCUCCGUACACAACACAACCACCAAUCAGACCGAACAAUUUAAGACUGGCAAGUUUUGAUAUCCAUUCGCAUAAUUUACCUCAUUUGUCAAACUUGUUGCCUUCUAUUAUCCAUCAGCAACAACAACAGCAACAACAACCACAAGCCCAACAACAGCCGUUGCCACACCUACACCAUUCGCACCACCCCCACCACUCGCAUCUACCACACCACGUCACAGGCCAUGGACACCACCAACUGGCUCAAGGACAAUACAUGUACCAACAAGGACCGGGUGGAGUACCUUCUACCAUGCUACCAACCAAGCGAAGAUUAUUGGAUGAGAACUCUAUAACCACAAGAAGACAUUCGACUGCCAAUACCAUGUAUUCAGUACCUCAUUCUUCUGCCUUUUACACCAAUUCUAAUCCAAACUUGACGCUGUCUGUAUCGAUGAAUGCAACCACCUCGGGAUCUGGCUCCACGGGAAACGUCUCCCCAUAUUAUGGCUCACCUUUACUCUUGGGUAACCAGCCUUCUAGAAACAAUUCUAUAUCACAUUUCGAAUUCUCUACCUUGACGAAUUCUAGUAAUAAUUCUUCUGCUGCUUCAAGAAGAUCUUCAAUUGCUCCUGAUUUCUUCCCCAAUCCUUUGAAGGAAAUGAGUACAAACACAUCUGCCAGUGCAAUGACCAAUAAUUCAAUCACAUCCGGUAAUUGUAGUGGUGGGACAAACUCAACUAAUCAUAAUUCACCACAUCUGCACAAGAGAAAUGUUUCACAAAAUUCAUUCACUUCACCAUCAGUCACCGCAUCUGGUCGGUUUUCAAUAUCUGCUCCAUCUGGAGUUGGGAAGUUUCCAAUUUCCUCUGGUUCCAACAUCAAUUUUAAACCACUUCCUCCGAUUCCAAAGGACAUCCCUCAUAUUCCGACUGCCGGUAACACGAGUCCGUCACGCAACAAUAACAACCCUACCGCCACUGGUCCGCUUCCAAGCAUUGUUCCAGAUUCAGAAAGGCAGCUGAGUUUAAAACAAACUAUUGAUGAUGAAGAUGAUAGAAAACGUAAAACCAAAAUAGCUGUUUCAAGUUUAAUUGAUUAAUUCCAACCAUCAACCCUCCAUAGAAGUAUAUAUAUAAAGAACCUAAUUACA